AUGCCUCCUAAGCGCGCUGUGAAUCGGCGUGAUGGCCCAGUAGCGCGCUCCAACGACCACGGAACCCGUUCAUAUCUCGCGGAGAUCUCCGGCCCACAAGCCACGAAUCCAAACCUGCCAAACAUUCCGGCGAAACCUUCCUGGGGUUACGGGUCAUCGACAGCGCCGGUCUUCCCUCGCCAACUGUCGAUAAAGUCGGGGAUGAAUGUGGACGAUAUGGCGGAAAGCAUUGAAUCUGGAGUGAAGAACGCGCAGGAUCGCGACGAGAACGGUCAAGAGAAUCCCCCGAAAGCAAACCCGAAGCCCCGUGCAAAUUCGCGACAAACAAGACGAUCGGUGUCCGCCAGUGUUUCUCCAGCGCGCCGUCGGAGAAGACGCGAACCUACUCCGGAUCAGGUGCAAUUGCUUGGUACGCUGAGAGAAUCCACGGUCUCUCCGAACCCUCACGCUAGAGACGGCCUGUCGACCGCGACGCCGUCACCUCCGAUUCCACACGCCAUCUCGACAGAAUCUAGUCCUCCCCCUGUUCCCCCAUACCCGACUUUACCAUCAAACGAGCCUCUUUAUCCCUCUCCGCUUCUUCGACUCGAUUCAACAGCUCGCCCGGGUGCCCCGCGUGAGGGCUCACCCCAGCAAGAAGACUCUCUUGACAACGAGUCGGUUAUUUCGUGGAGCCUGGAACGGAAUAUUCAUGAAGAUGAUUUACAACGAACCCGCCCCGCUAGGUUUCGCGAGGAGCGACAUGGCAGGAACCUCACAGCGCCGCCUCGACGAUUCUCUGGUCUUGCGUUCGCAAACGAAACUAUUCAGGAGGAAGAUGAGCCUGAGUCAGAGGCCUCUGCUAAGAACUCGCCUACGCCCGAGCCGGUACCAGAACCCCAGACUCAAAGCAAUGCACAGCCCAGCCCUCCGCCAGAACGUCAACCAGAGCCCGGGCCCGCGCCUGCCCCAGAGCCUGCUCCCGAACUUGCCUCCGAACCUGCCCUCGAGCUCGAACCGCCCACGGCCCCUACGAGGACAAUUAUACCUGGGAUUAAUCUGCGUGAAACCUCGUUUCUUGAAUCUAGCCCACCAUCGCCAGUGCAGUCCGUCAAGGCCGCAGUCAAAUCCGGGGUGCAAUCCAUUCCCAGACCACCCUUUUCUUUCCGCCAAAGCCAAGCGGCUAGGAUAGCUGCCAUUCUCAUUCUGGGGACACUUUCUGUCUUCACGGUCUUUACUUUCAGUGAAGAUUUGGCCGAUAUCUCCAGCGGCAUCCGCUCCCGUCUCCCAUUCGGCAGACAAUCGCCUUACAUUCCAUUGGACGGUACCGCAAUGGAUGCUAUUCACAGUCUCAGCAAACAUGUGGCAAGGAUAGACACGCGGGUUUCGUCGCUGUCUGGGGAGGUGGCUACUGUCAGGUCGGAGGUCGAGAAUAUGCCACCCUCGACGACUGUGGUAGAGCCCGUGCCGGUUUGGAAAGCAACACCCACGCCAAGGAUCAAUUUCCUCACGCAAAGCAUGGGCGUGGAAAUCGAUCCUCAAAAAACAAGCCCGACUGUCGGCUUGCCGUCUAACUUUUUCGAGCGUGCUACUCAUCGUUUAAUGGAACCCGCCACGAGUUUGGUCAGAUGGCUCUUUUCCUCUCCAGAGCCAUUGGGGCCUCUCGCGGCUUUGACGCAUUGGGAAGACGCGGGAGAUUGUUGGUGUAGUACCCCGGAUUCUGGUGUGUCCCAAUUGUCUGUCGUACUAGGCUUGCCGAUGACACCGGAAGACGUUGCUGUGGAGCACAUUCCGAAAGGCGCCACUGCCGAUCCAGAAUCAGCACCUAGAGAGAUGGAGCUAUGGGCUCACUACGUUGUUAGAAGUGAAGAUUCCUCUACGAGCCGAUCUUGGAUGCCGUCUUUCCUCUCGUCCUCGAAAAAAUCCCCCAAGCGAUCUGGGUCUACAGGCUUCUCGGAUCAGUAUUUGCCGCGUGAGAAGAUCAUGGACGCCCUCCGCAUUGCCUAUCGCGGUGAGCCCGAUGGUUUUUUCUCGGACGACGAGCUCUUGGGUCCUACUUUCUACCGCAUCGGACGGUGGACGUAUGACAUUAAUAGUCCGGACCAUGUGCAAGAUACUAACCUAGCAGCUGUUAUCGAUUCGCCUGAUAUCAAAGUGGAUCACGUGGUGUUUCGGGUCAAAUCUAAUUGGGGUUCUGAUUCUACCUGCAUGUAUCGGUUGAAGUUAUACGGGCAUCUGUGA